CGAAGAAAUGAAGAGGUGUGGCUUUGCUGCACAUGCUUCCACCAUGAAGAUGGUUAUGGAUAUGUUAGUGGAUGGUAGAUUGAACAGAAGCUUUCUAGACAUGCUUUCUUAAAUGCUUCAUCUAACUAAGUGCCGUGCGUUGAUUGAUAGUUUUGUGAAAAAGGGAAAGCUUACCGAGGCUAAAGAGCUGUACAAUGAGAUGAUCACAAGAGGGAUAGAUCCUACUACCAUUACAUAUAAUUCUUUGAUAUAUGGGUUGUGCAUGGAGAACAACACCCUAGGUGAAGCCAACCAGAUGCUGGAUCUGAUGGUUAGCAAGGGAUGCGAUCCUGAUGUUGUGACGUUUAAUACCCUUAUAAACGGAUACUGUAAGUCUAAACAGGUUGAUGAAGGUAUGAGGCUUUUCCGCAAAAUGUCUCUGAGAGGGGUGGUUGCCGAUACAGUCACUUUUAACACUCUCAUCCAAGGCUUUUGUCAAUCUGGAAAACUCGAUGUUGCCAAAAAACUCUUCCAAGAGAUGGUUUCUCAAGGUGCUCAUCCUGAUAUUGUGACCUACAAAAUUUUGCUGGAUGGGUUGUGUGACAAUGGAGAACUAGAAGAGGCAUUGGGAAUACUUGAAAAAAUGCACAAGUGUAAGAUGGAACUUGAUAUUAGUAUAUAUACUAUCAUCAUUCACGGGAUGUGCAAUGAAAGUAAGGUCGAUGAAGCUUGGGAGUUAUUCUGUAGCCUACCUUCGAAAGGAGUGAAGCCUGAUGUCAAAACAUAUACUAUUAUGAUUGGAGGAUUAUGUAAGAAAGGUUCAUUGUCUGAAGCGGGCCUGUUGUUUAAGAAAAUGGAAGAGGAUGGGAUUGCGCCAAUUAGCGGUACAUACAACACUCUUAUCAGGGCAUAUCUCCGAAAAGGUGAAUUAACAAAAUCAGCUGAACUCAUCGAAGAAAUGAAGAGGUGUGGGUUCUCAGCAGAUGCUUCCACCAUAAAGAUGGUUAUGGAUAUGUUAUCGGAUGGUAGAAUGAAGAAAAGCUUUCUGGAUAUACUUUCUUAGAAUGUCUGAUCUUUAGUUGCACGAGACAAAGUCCAGAUUAGUGUGUUUAUGAGGUGUAUUUGGGUUUAUUAGUCGAAACUAAGUUUUGUUUGUUUAUGCCUAAACAGAGUUUGAUGUCAUAAUUUUGUCCUUAUUUUAUCGCUUUAUUUACUACCUGGCUGUGAAGAGGGUGAAUUUAAGGCUCACUACUCAUAUGUGGAAAAAUAGUUUCUUAUAAACUGAAACUGUCUAAAGUGGAACUAAAAUGAAAUCGGACAACUGAAAUAGUUACUACUACGACGGUGUUAUAUGAACAUGGAUGGACUACUGAAGAGCAUAUGGACUGCUGAGGAAGCUCAGCCAUGACCAUGAAGAAUAACUGUUCUCAGCAGGUGGGUCAGGUCAGUGGAAACAACAACAACAACGGUUUAUGUGUAACAACGGAGCUGCUGGGGGUUUAGGCUUUGAGUUUGGUCAGCCAAAUCAAAACAGACAUUUUGUGUAAGUAACUAGUGCUGAAUCUGAUUCUGUGGUUCAUCACUACGCUUUUGUAUUGACAGAUGAAGGAAUCUUCCAAGCAACCGUGGAGCAGCAAAAGGCAAUGCUUGAGAAGGACACUAACCGGUCCAUGGUAAAAUCAGAAGGAAGCAACAAGAACCGAUCAAAAAAAAAAAGACACCGCGGUUUGCAUGGGACUAAAAUGUAAUAGGAGAUAGGGUAAGUUCUCAUUAAGAGAUUAAGAGAAAUUUUAUUGAAGGUUACAGAGAGUAGGGUAAGUUCUCAUUAUGAAUUAAAACAUUAUUUUGUGCCCUGGCCUUACAUUUGCCUCGUAACCUCUUCAGUCCAGACGGUACUCUUACAACUCACUUGAGUCUUGUUUCCUUCCCUCAUCCGAACGAGCCUUUUCCGGUUGUAUUAGCACCAGCGAUAGUGAUCUCUAUUCUUACAAACAGAGAUUGAGAAGUGGGAUUGUUGGCAUUAAGAAAGAUGAUGCUGUUUCUCUGUUUCAGUCCGGUCUCAUCCCCUUCCUACCAUCGUUGAUUUUAGCAAACUGUUUAGCGCAGUUGCCAGAACAAAACAGUAUGAUCUAAUGCUAGGUCAAUGGGCUUUGUCUCAAAGAUAGACUCUCUGAAUCAAUGGCUUUGAUAGAUCGAAUGAUGGAUAAUGACGCAUUUACAUAUGGUCCGAUUUUGAACAGAAUGUGUAAGUCAGAUAACACCGCUUUGGCCUUGGAUCUGCUCAGAAAGUUGGAAGAUAGAAAGAUGAAGGUCGAUGUAGUCACAUAUGGUAUUAUUAGUUUGCAAGAGACAAAAGUCAUGGUUAGUGUUUUAUGAUUUGUAUUUGGGCGUAUUAGUUGAAACAAAGCUUGAUGCUCUUUUUUGUAAGGCUUUUUUUUCUUCAUGUGUUUAGCUACUACAGAUUCAGUUUGUAGUGUAAUGAAUCUCAUUAACACACAACCAUAGACCAGUCUUAGCUGAGACAUUAAAAGAACCCA